AUGCAUCUUGAUCACAAGAUACCGUGGAACAUUACCGCCUCACACUUCAAGCUCGUCAGGUCAAAUCCCCAUUUCACUCCCCGGCGCACCAAUCUGUUCCCUCGCAACCUAUCUUCUCAGUCCAAUGACUUGAAGCAUUUCACUCGAGUCCUCGUCAGCACAAUCUGGGAGUUUUCCACAACUGAGAGGGCAAAGUACUCUCUAGAUAUGCAGACUGCGUCAUUGUCUGACUUCGAGCUAUUUUCCAAUGAACUCCUCACCUAUCCAGAACGCAAAUUCAGACUUGGAGAGUACAGCAGCAACUCUGCAUUGCAUAAUCCUCUCUCGGCAGACUACCAGCACCUCCAAUACUGGGUCACUCGAGCCGAGUCCGAGGAUGGUUCUUCGCACGGUUAUACAACCGGGGAUGCGGAUUUGGCAGAUGCGGUAAAAAUGCUGCUUACCAUCGCAUCGUCAGGAAGCGAGAAAAUGUCAACUGAUGACUCGGAAGUUCUUGCCAUGCAAGCAAUGAACGCCUUGCUUUGUCUUUCGGGGCAUUCUAAAAUCCCAUUAUCAGACCUUGACUCGCUAUCCUGGGGACACAGCUUCGGGGUGAACCAUGUGCCUGAUUUAGCUUUGCAAAUAUAUAUGCUGAUCAACAUCGUUGAUGCGGUGAUGACUCGUGUGGAUGGAGGAGCUGGAAUCAACGACCAAGCGGAAAUUUCAUUGCUUGAACUCGACGCCUUUACAUACUUUACUCGCAACGCUCUGGCCGAUUAUGACUAUCCAGCUCAAAACAUUCCACAUAGACACUUUUGGUUCGGCCUUGGUGUGGAUGAAGGUUGGGCCGGUCCGGAGUCCGUGUCUGGGAGAACCGGGCAUUCAGCUGUGACAGAUCCACUGGCGCACCGAGAACCUGUCCAGGUGGAGGUACGUGAGGGUCUGAAAAAGUAUUUGAAAAUGUGCUUUGGGUUGAUGUAUCGAUACGACGUACUGUUACGAGAGUGGUGUGGGGAUCAGAAUGCAGAUCAGUGGUGGGAGGAGGCAAUACUCCAGAAUCUGAGAAGUAUGGGGGGAAUCAAGGAUUUAUGA